CUUCCUGGGCGGGCCCAGGGCGCGCGUCGUCCCGCCCUGAUCGGCGGGGCCAAGUUGAAUGACGGCCCAGCCCCGCCUUCCGGUUCCGGUUGAGGGCGGGAGACUGCUGCUCUGCGCCGAAGUGCCUCAGACCUGCGUUGUUUCGCAGCUAGAAUGAAGCACAUCAACUUGUCCUUUGCAGCGUGUGGGUUUCUGGGCAUUUACCACUUGGGGGCAGCAUCAGCACUCUGCAACCACGGCAGAAAGCUGCUGAAGGAUGUCAAGGCCUGUGCCGGGGCUUCUGCGGGAUCUUUGGUUGCUUCGGUUCUCCUCACAGCGCCGCAGAAAAUAGAGGAAUGCAACAAGUUUACCUAUGAUUUUGCUGAAGAAAUCCGAAGGCAGUCUUUUGGGGCACUAACACCUGGCUAUGAUCUCAUGGCCCGAUUGAGGAGCGGAGUGGAGUCGAUUCUCCCCGCCAACGCGCAUGAGCUGGCCCACGGCCGCCUACACGUCUCCAUCACCAACACCAGGACCGGGCAGAACUGCCUCGUCUCCAGCUUUCCCUGCAGGGAGGACCUCGUCAAGGUCCUGCUGGCCAGCAGCUUCCUGCCCAUCUAUGCAGGACUGAAACCAGUGGAGUACAAAGGGCAGGUCACCACAGAACGCCGAGUCGAGUUCCCUGCGCUGUGCAGGAGUUUCUCGUCACUUGUCUAUGUUAGACACAGUAUCAUUAGUAGAGAUACAUCCACCCCAGGCUCUCAGGUCAUCCCACUCCGCCGCCUCUCCUCUUGGUCUGCAUUCAUCUGUUCUCUCAGUCUGUCUCUUUCUGCUUUGCCAGAGGUGGGUGGACGGAAGCUUCACCAACAGCCUGCCAGUCCUGCCUGUCGGCCGCACGGUGACCAUCUCCCCGUUCAGUGGGCGACUCGACAUCUCCCCACAGGAUGAAGGGCGGCUGCAUUUCUACGGUAGCGUCACCAACCAGGAAGCACUGUGUGUCUUUCUGUCCCAGCUGUCCAUGGCAAACUUGGUGAGACUCAAGCGGGCCCUCUUCCCGCCAAGCAGGAGGACAAUGGAGUCGCUCUAUCGCCGGGGCUUCGACGACGCCAGCAGGUUUUUACUUAAAGAAAAUUGGUUUGAGUAGGACGCUUACAACUUGUUAACGGAGAACACAGUUCUUCAGGGAAGUUUUUAAUUAAAUCCUUUUAUAAAAGCUUA